CAGUUAACGGUAGCUUUUUUGGAUAGAGGUUUUUGGCUGCUGUUUUAAGCAUCCUACCCAAGAAGCAGCUCAUAUUUCAUCAAUGUUGCAUUGACAGUCGGAACAGAAGAGUAUAAUUGUGUCUAGGCGAGAUGGCAGAAGCAAGUCCCCGGAGAGGCAAGAUGAGGUUCAGAAGGAAUGCGGUUUCCUUCCCUGGGAACUUGCACUUGAUCUUGGUUCUCCGGCCCACCGGUUUUCUUCAACGAACGUUCACUGGCAUUGGCUUUCGAUUCAACCAGGAUGAUUUCAUGAUGAAAUUGCCAGUUGUUGUGCUGAGCUCAGUUAGUGAUUUGCUGAAAUACAUUGAUGGCAAGCAAUUAACCCCUGAGUUAGGGGGCACCUUGCAGUACAGCCACAGAGAAUGGAUCAUCUUCAGAAAUGCUAUAGAAAAUUUUGCCGUCACAGUGAAGGAAAUGGCGCAGAUGUUACAGUCCUUUGGGACCGAAUUGGCUGAAACAGAACUGCCAGAUGAUAUUCCUGGAGUAGAAGAACUUCUUGCCAUCCGCGCUGAGAGGUACCACGUCCUGAAGAAUGAUAUUACAGCUGUGACCAAUGAAGGAACAAUUUUGCUGACCAAUCUGGAAGGACCUGGCCCACAAGAAGCUGUCAGAUCCAGAAGACUUGAACGUCGCCAUCAAAUAAGUAGUGAAUGGCAAACCAUUCAGAAGUUGCUGACUCAGGUACAUGACAUGGAAAGUGCCUUUGAUGGAUUUUGGGAAAAACACAAACAAAAAAUGGAGCAGUACCUUCAACUUUGGAAGUUUGAACAGGAUUUUCAAAAGCUCAUGAACGAAAUCGAACUGAUCUUAAACCAACAAGCAGAGCUGGGUGAUGUGUCGGGGAACAUAGCUCAAAUAAGACAGAAACUGAGAAUGUUGGACAGUUUGGAAGAAAAUUCUCAGAAUCUGCUCACGAAGACCCGGUUUGUGAUCUUACAUGGACACAGGCUGGCCUCCAACCACCACUACGCGCUGGACUUGAUCUGCCAGCGGUGCAAUGAGCUGCGCUACCUCACCGAUAUAGUGGGGAACGAGAUCAAAGCAAAGCAACUGCGGCUCAGCCGGGUCUUCAAGAUGCAUAAGCUCCUGCAGCAGGCUCGGCAGUGCUGUGAUGAAGGAGAAGGCCUUAUUGUUAAUCAUGAAAUCGAUAAAUUGCAAUCAAAAGAAGAUGCUGAGAAAGCGCUUCAAGACAUCGAGAAUUUUCUUGACAUGUCUCUGCCUUUUAUAAAUUAUGAUAUAGAAAGACUGCAGUAUGAAUUUGACACCAUUCUGUCGCCUGAACUCAAGAUUCAAAUGCAGACCAUACAGCUGAAGCUGGCAAACAUUCGAAGUGCAUUUGAGAGCCAGCAGGCUGGUUUCAGGAACCUGGAAGAUACGUGCAUGGGACCAUUGCAAUUCGUGGUACCUGGAACAGACCAUUUGAUCAAAUCCACAGGACCAUUUUUUGCCCCCAAACAUGUGGGAAUUGGAUACUCUUUCUUUCAAGCAUGUAAACUUUUUUCAAAAGGGAAGCCUUGGAGAGAAAAUCAGAGCAAUUUGAAAAUGGAAGUGGUGCAGGACAGGCAAGAGAAGAGCGCUCCUAGUCAACCCCCCACUUCGGAGCAUGACAACAGCUUGGAAAUUUUGAAGAACCAUGUCCUAAAUGAACUGAUCCAGUCAGAGAGAGUGUACGUUCGCGAGCUCUUUGCGGCUUUACUGGGCUACAGAGCAGAGAUGGAUAAUCCAGAGAUGUAUGAUCUUAUGCCCCCUCUCCUGAGAAAUAACAAGGAUGUUCUCUUUGGAAAUAUGGCAGAGAUCUACAAGUUCCACAAUGACAUUUUCAUGAGCAGCCUGGAUAAUUGCCAGAACGCACCAGAACAAGUGGGACGCUGUUUCCUGGAGAGGAAGAAGGAAUUUCAGAUGUAUGCCAAAUAUUGUCUGAAUAAGCCCAGAUCGGAGAAAAUUUGGAAGAAGUGUUCCGAAUGUGCCUUUUUCCAGGAAUGUCAAAAGAAAUUAAAACACAGACUUGGACUGGACUCCUACUUACUCAAGCCAGUGCAACGAAUCACCAAAUAUCAAUUACUGCUGAAGGAUCUAUUAAAAUAUAGCACAGACUGUGAAGGGACUGAGCAAUUAAAGGCAGCGCUGGACUCAAUACUGGAAUUACUGAAGUCAGUGAAUGACUCCAUGCAUCAGAUAGCAGUGACUGGCUACGUCGGAAAUUUGAACGACCUGGGCAAGAUGAUCAUGCAAGGCCCAUUUAGUGUCUGGAUGGGCCACCGGAAAGGACCUACCAAAAUGAAGGAUUUUGCUCGAUUUAAGCCCAUGCAGCGUGUCCUCUUCUUGUAUGAGAAAGCCAUCAUUUUUUGUAAGAAGCGCAUGGAAGGCGGAGAAGGCUCUGAGAGAUUUCCAUCAUACAGUUUUAAAAACUGUUUGGAUAUAAAUGAAGUUGGAGUCACUGAGUAUGUUAAAGGAGAUGGCCGCAAGUUUGAACUCUGGAGCAGUGGAAAGGAAGAAGUUUACACUCUCCAGGCUCCAAAUAUGGACGUGAAGAUGACAUGGCUAAAAGAAAUAAGAACCAUUUUGUUGAAGCAACAGGAACUCGCAGUUAAAAAACAAGAGCAACGGGAUCAGAUGGCCGGCCAGGGGCCGCUUUCCCUUAAGCAGAAUGACAAGCAAAAGGGAAGUUCUGUCAGCACUGAGGUGACCGCAUCUGCACACAUUGGCGCUGCGGCCAUGGCGGGCAAUGCAGAAGGUGUGCCAGUUCAUGCAGAAGCAAGCAGAGCUUUCCCACCAACACCCACUUUUAAACAAUUAAAAAAUAAGCAAAGUAAGUGAUAAUCCAGGCCCUUUCCGAACUAUCAGCUAUUGGAAAACGGGAGAUUUCACUAUACAGAGAAAGAAACCCUUAUUGGGCCGCUGCCAUCUCCAGCCUGGAUUAUUACAUAGUUCAUCUGCUCUCCUUGUGGUCAUUCAGCACCAUUUUAUCACUGUGAUCCACUAUUUCUUUUCUUCCAGUUUGGACAGGGAUGCCAUCCUCCGCAGAAACCUCUGAAGGACCCCAGCAGUGGUCGAGGGAAAUUUUCUAUUCUGCUUAUACAGAAUAUGGAGA